UCAUUAAAAGGAAUUGAUGACAUCGUAAAACUUUCAUUAAAAUCUUUCUCCACCUUUUUUUCAUUUCAGAUCAAUGUGGAAGUAAUAUCAAGAUGGUUCAGGGGCUCGAACCGCUUUCAGAAACCAUUUUUCUGUACCGGUCGCAGCCCCAUUUGCCGUCUCGUCAAAUUUUCUUCGAGCAAUCGAGGAAAAUUUUCCAUCCAUCAUCAGCAAAUUGGUGGAGGAGAAAAACGAGAUCGAUCCGGUGGAAAACAGAAGAAAUGCAUCAAAGCCAUGGAGCCACCACCCAACAACAACAAAAAAAUUCCACCAGACCGAGCACAUCGUCGAGGCAAUUCAUUAGCAACAGAACCUCAACCUUCAACAUCAGCAAUGGCAACCGCAGCCGUUUCUUUACCAUCCACUAGUAAUCAACUCGUAUUAUAUUCCGAUCGACCCUCGGCAUCAUUCUCGUCCCGAUCCAUCAGUUCAGGUGCUUCUACCUCCUCUUCAAUGUCAUCUCAACCCACACCUUCAUCAUCAUCUGCUUCUGUUUCAGCCCCCAUUGAAAGGCUGUCACGUCCAAUGGCUUUUGAUAAGAUGGAAGCAAUGGUGAGAGAAGCACAAGAAGCCAAUGGUGGUGUUCCUGUUCGUAGCCAAAAAAUCUUUUUAACUUCCAUUCCAUCGGCUUUCAUGGGCUAUGAUCUUAUUGAAUGGAUGAUGGAACGUUUGAACAUUGAAGAAUCAGAAGCGCUGAGUGUUGCAAAUCAACUUUGUCAACAUGGUUACUUCUUUCCCGUUAGCGACUCGAAAACAUUGAUUGUCAAAGACGAUUCUUCACUUUAUCGCUUUCAGUCGCCUUACUAUUGGCCAUGGCGUCAGCAAAAAGCGCCAGAUCAAAUUGAGUAUGCUAUUUAUUUGGCAAAGCGUUCAUUAAGAAACAGACAACGUCAUGGAUUAGAAGAUUAUGAGGUCGAAGCAUUGACAUCAUUGAAACAGAACCUUAAAGCCAAAUGGGAUGUCAUCACAAUGCAAGCUGAAGAACAAAUAAAAUUAUCUAAAGAUCGAAAGAAGGGCGAUAAGAUUGUAAGCGAUUCCCAAGAGCGAGCAUUUUGGCGUGUUCAUCGACCACCUCCUGGACAAUUUACGCCACUUGAACCAUGUCCAGUUCCAUCACGCGAUCGACAAGGAAGGCCAAGAAGACGAACAGAAGAAGACUGGAAACGAGAAAUCGAAAUAACAAAAGCAUCAAUAGGAAGAAAUCGGAUGAAAAUGUCGACAGCAUGUGAGAGUCUCGUAAAUUAUUACGAGACUUUUCUCGAAUACGACCCAUUAAUGAUGUCAGCACAACCAUCUAAUCCAUGGGUAACAGAAGACAUCACUUUCUGGCAGUUGAAUCAACCAGUUGUUGAGAAUCCAACUGAGAAACGUGUUAGGCGAUGGGCUUUCUCAAUAGAAGAACUUGUCAGAGAUCCCACGGGAUUACAAGAGUUCACAUCUUAUCUUCGCAAAGAAUAUUCACAUGAAAACAUUCGUUUUUGGAUGGCUGUCAAUGAUUUAAGACGCUCAGCACAGUCACAAAUCCCUCGAAAGGCCAAGGAGAUUUAUGAAGAAUUCUUAGAACCGGGUGCGCCAUGUGAGAUUAACAUUGAUGGAAAGACUAUGGAGAAAGUGCAGCAAGGUCUGAAAUCACCAACACGAUUCACUUUUGAUGUUGCUGCUGAACACGUUUACACGUUGUUAUUAAAGAAAGAUUGCUAUCCACGUUUCAUUCGUUCUGAACAUUACAAAGCGCUCAUCGCUCAUGCUGUUCAACCAUCUCAUAAGAAGCGAUUCUUUGGAUUUGGUGGACCAGCAAAGAAGAAACCUUCAACAACUGUAGCAGCAAAUCCCGUUCUAUUGACACAAAUGCCUGGAACAUCCGCCGGAGGUUCAUCACUUACUGGACUUCCACGACGUCGUGGAAGUGACCGAAGCUUGACUGGCUCAGCUCAUGAGUUGGCAGUCUGUGGAGUUAAUAAAGAUCCAACAAAAGUCGUUCACUCUCAUAGUCAGAGUAACUUAAGCGAGUUACCGUACAGAACGGUGAUUUACAGAGGUGAUAUGCCAUCGGGAAAUAUAAGAUUGGCCGAAGGAAUUCCGGAGCCAUCCAGGCAACUCGAAACGACACAAGAAUCAUCAGGAACGGCUUGUAGCGUAUGUCCGUGGGAUACAAUUGAAAAUGACCCACCUACGCCACAGCCACCACCUUCACCGUCUGCCUCCACAUCAAAACCUAAAUUAACAAUUGAUUUACCAACAAUACCAUUCACGCCACCAUCAGAUAUCGUUAAUACUGACGUUUCUGAACGCAUGAAACGUUCGUGUGGAUUACGACAAAAUACAUUAGAUUGUGACUUUCAUAGCACGAAACGUCUGGUACCGGCGAUAAACGAACAGCGACGAGCUUCGAUGACCAUUACUCCCAGAGUUUCUGAUCUCCAAUUUAAUGUCAACCCACCGACAGUUACAACGUCAGGCCCUGAAGAUGAUGAUACGUCAGAGCUUUCACUUGUGAUAGACAAAGCCGACAGCAUUGAAGAGAAAGAAGACGAAUCUGAGAAAGAUUUGAAAGAAAAGGGACUUGAGAAUUUGAGAAGGAAAAAAACAUUUUCUUGUGAUGAUAUUGUGAUUGAAGAAGAAUGCCAGAGAUCAGAUGAAGCGUCAAGUGAACGUAAAUUAUCGGUUGUUGCCAUGGGAAGUAAAAAGUCACUUGAAAUUGAGGAAUUACCAUCAAGGCCAAUUGAAGCUUCAUUAGCGUUACCCACAUCGAUAAGUACACAAACAGUGCCCACAGAAGAAUUUCCUGAGAAUUUGGUUGUGACCAAUGCGAACAUUAAAGGAGAAGAUGCCAGAGAAGGCACUCAAUUGAAUGUCGUCGAAACACAACAAGAAAUUGACAUAAAAAGAAAUGAAACGAGGAAAUUUUGUUCACGUUCGAGUCAUGAAAAUGAUGAUGGGAGUUCGACGGGUGAUAAAUUAGCUGAAAUUUCGAAAAGGUCAAGCAUGUCAAAAACGUGCGACGAUCAACAACAGAAACAAAUGCUUUUAGCUCAUCAACAUUCGAUAUCACAAGAAGAAGACUAUGAAGUUGCGAUGGUAUCGGAACUUCUCCCAGGUUGUGUCGCACCAGCGCCUACCCCAGCGCCUUCGAUAGCUCCUUUAGCGGAAAUUGAAGUUGAUCCAACCGAGGACGAUGUAGAAAAUGCAGCAAUAGAUCAAGUAGCCGAUCCAAAGCCUGAUAUCGAACGUAAAAAGAAACGAAAAGAGAGACGAGAUAAGGAUGGAAGUGAUGGUCAAAGUCAGAAUCAGACAACAGUAUCAGAAGGCACAAGCUCAAAUGAUCCUGAAAAAUCAAAGCAUAACGCUGUUUGUCCAUGGGAAGAUGAAGACGUCACAACCGCUGUUGAAGCGCCAUUUGUUAAAACAUACGCUACACUUGGAUAUCUUUAAGAAUAAUUAUAAAAAAGGAAUGAAUAUCUGUUUAAUUGAAAUUUUCUUCCUUCCAUUACCAUUCACUGUCUCUCUCUAUCUCCCUUUCUAUAUCUCUAUCUCGUUCUUAAUCCAUGAUAUCUAAUGAUUAACAUUUCCCUAAAAUAAUAUGAAAGAACAACAUGAAUUAAAACUAGAUGAACAUGUUAUAAAUUGUAAGCGUUCAUAACUAAAGUUUAAAACAAAAAUGUAUAUCUAACAAUGAUAUUUUUCCCUUGAUUUUAUAUAAAAGUAAAUUAAAGUUUUAUCUUUAUGCGAUCAAGAAGAUUAUCUAAACGAGAUGCGCAUGAGGGUUUGCCAUUGAAAUAAAUAUAAAAAAUAGAAUUGCGACUUUACCGUACAUAGAACCGAAGAUAAAAAUUGAACUAAAAGAAUGUUUUAUAAAUAAAACCGUAAGCAAAGGACAUAAAUAUUUAUUCGAGAAUAAGCAAUUGCUUUGAAGGUAAAGUCGAAAACUGCAGAAAUUCGAGUGUGUUUGAACAAAUGAAUGAAUGCAGAAAGCGAAUGAGCAUGAACUAUAAGUUGUAAAUCCACAAAGUUUGUUUCAAUCUAAAGCAAAAAAAUUUAAGCUCUGAUUACAUUUUUGUUCUGUCGUAAUGAAGAAUAGCAUGCAGAUUUUAUGGGCAUUUUCGUGCGAAGGACAAUAUCAUGACGUGAACAUUCUCCAGGGCGUGAACUGAAUUUAAUUUACCUCGACAUGGAUAACAAAAAAGAAAGAAGAUGAAAAAAAUCCGUGGAAAUAUUUUGAGAUUGAAUUUGAAUAAAUUUAAAUGAAUUACAAAAUAUAAAAAUUAUGAAAACUAAACGUUAAUUGAAACGAGAGCCCCAUUGAAGAUAAAAUUCAUUCACCAUCAUGAAUAUAUUGAAAUCUUAAAGCUAUUAAGUAGUAUUUUUAUGAUAAAUAAUCAAAAAAUAUUUCAACAUGAUGACAUCAUCAUUUUUAAAUCUUUGAGAUAAAAAAUGAUUUCGUCACUGGAUAUUUCCUUCCUUGUGCUAUGUCGAGCGAUUAAAUCAUUGCACUGUUCACUGAGAACUUGAUUGAUUGUGAAAUCAGUGAGGAAAGAAAAAGUGGAAAAAGUUUUUCACUCACAACUAUUUCAUGGUAAUUUUCUGGCAAAUAUUUAACAUGAAAAUCAGAAUGAAAAGUUUUUUCCUACUUGCUAUGACGUAUUAAAGAUAUUUUUGUUGAAUCGCAUAAGUUAUGCUUUUAUAUGUACGACGAAAAAAAGUGAAGAAGAAAGAGAAAAGCAAACAAGUUUCAAUGCUUGUGUGGGAGGAUUUCCGUUCAUGUUAAACUGCCCUUGGAAGUAUCUAUGCUGCAAAAUAUUAAAGUUGAACAUUCAUUUGUGAAGGAAGUUAAACAGAAAGUAUUCAUUUAAUUAAUUAUUAAUUAAGGGUACUUGAUAGUAUAUAACGUACAUAAAUAUAAUAAUCGUAAAAAGUUUAUAAUAAUCGCAUUAUAAUAACGUAGAAGAAAGUAAUAAAAUCUCUUAAAAUAUUUACGUAGCGAUGAUUGAGAAAAGAUGGAUAUAAAUGAUGGUAGAUAAGCUAUAAUUAACUACAAUGUAUGUGUUGUUAAUGGAAAACUUAAGGAAGAUAGUAAGAAUAACAUUUUAAUCAGAGACUAAAAUAAACAACUCUGACUUUAAUUAACAUCAUUGACAAAUAUUUGCGCAUAACCGUUGCAUUUUAUCGUUCUGCAAAAUAUUCCAAAAUCCAACGUAGUAUUUGACAUGUUGAUGUAUCAUAAAAAUGAUUCAAAAUCUGAACAAUCUCAACUUUCAAGUCAAGAUUACGUAAGAAAAGCGUUUCUAAGGAGACAUCCUUUAAUGUUGACAUUAAUGUUAGAUGACAUAAAACUGCUGGCUUAAUUGAAGGCAGUUGAAUGGAUGAACUUUCUGACUUGUAAAGUUCGUAAAAUUAAUUAAUUAAAUAUAUGUAUGACAAUGACGCGAGUGUAUGUGAGAUUUUUUACUGCAAAGAUUAACCCAAAAGCUGUCAACACUAUUAAGGAUAAUGAUACUACUUUUCAAUGUGUUUUUCCUAAUUGAUAAAUCAAAAAAAGGCACUUUAAAAAUUGCGAAAAGAUUGUGUAAUUUUAAUUCCUAGUUAUAUUUGAAAUUUACAUAGCAUCUGGUUGAAACGAGGAACAGUUUUUUCUAAAAAUCAAGAAACAAGGAAAUUCGAAAAAGAAAAACUUUUUUCUUCGAUUUAUAAUUGAAAUGAAUUUUUUCGGUUUUUCUUUGUUUUCUUUUCAUAUUCGAAGUAAAAUGUUGUUUUAAUUAUUUUCAUUCAUGUAAUGGAAAUUCUCGAGAUUAAAAUGGAAAAGUUUCAAUUACGCAACCUCCAUUCACUUCAAAGCGGAACAAUAUUGUAGCUUCCAUCACUUUUUAACAACAAUGAAUAAAGAACAUCACAUAAAGACAUCACGAAACAAUAUCAAAACAUAACAACAAAAAUAAUUCUCAUUAGUGAUGUGAAAUGCAAAUUUUCAGCUUCAUAGCGAUGUUGAAAAAGUUAUUUUAACUCUGACAAAUUUCUGUAUAAUUUUAAGUUGCUAGUGACAUGAAUAAGUUCAUCAAACUUUUCUUCCCUCUAAUCAUUUCAAAGUUAAUUAAAGUUUCUCUCAAAUUGAUGACAUUUUCCCUUUCUUACAUACAUUUGUAAAGUUUUCUUUAAUUUCAUGUUGAACUGGACCAGAAGUAAUCUUACAUAUAAAGUUGUUAAAUAAGCUUUGCUAUAUGCGCAUACAUAUGAUUAUGAUUGAACAUACAUUGUGUUUCACUUCCUCCCGCUCUCCCAAUUUCAAAAAUUUAAUCAACACAUCAGAUACGAAAAUGGUCGUCGUCAGCAUAAAUAUUUUCUUUGUCCAUUAAAUGUGUUAUUGAUGCAGCAAAUUGAAAGAGAUGAUUAAAGAGAAAUUCUUUUGAAAUAAUGUUGUAAUGAAGAAGUCAAAACUUGCUUGUAUAUUCGUGUUUAGAACGUUUUAAUAUUAUUAUAACUUAUCUAAGUAUGAAUAAGAAAAUAAAUGAUUAACCCAAUUUAUUCUAUCGACAUAAGAGAUAAUGUGCUUUUGGUGAAAUAUUUCUAGCAUUAAGUGAAUUAAAAUGACAAACUUUUUGUUUAACUUCUCCCAAAGCAUCUGAAUGAUAAAACGUGGUAAAAGAAGCCUCAAAAUAUUAAAACUUUGGAUAAUUUUUGCAAGCAUAACAAACUCAAGCACUGCCCUUAGAUGAUAUCGUAGGCAUAAGCAAAAAAGUAAAAAUAAAGAACGGAAGCACUUGAGAGCUUUACGAUUUGUAACAAGUCUAGGAAAAAUGUUUUCUAGCAUAAAUCUUUCUUCUUUAGAUUUGUGGUUCGCUUUUUUAUGGAUGAACAUUUUUUGUAGGCUGAGCUGUGGUGAAAUUGGAUGAAAUGAGAAGCUUCGAAAAACAUGUGGAAAUAAAUAAAAGAAAUUUACUUUCCUGAUUUUCUUUUCUACGUUUCACGAUGAAAAUACCCAAAAAGUGUAAAACAAGAUAAUUACAACAAUAAAAAAAAUUCGAAUCUUAUGCUUCAUGAGAUUAACAAAGAUUAUAAAUAUUUCAUUUAAGAAUUAAUAACAAGAAAAAAUAAGAAAAUAAUGUGGGAAAAUAAUAAAAGAUAAUCCGAAAAUUGGUGUGAAAGGUAAAACGCAAAAAUUAUGUUUAUUAAACAGGAUUUGAUGCAGAAAAAAUUCUUGAAAAGUUCAACGUUUCUUUAAAUUAAUCUCUGCUUACUUUAUUUCAAUAAUGAAACUUCCUUUGUAGAAAUUUGAAAAGCACGUUAAAGAGAGGUAAAGAGAAAUGUUAAUGAUGCUAGAUUAAGGAAGUGCAGCAUCCUGUUCAACGUUAUGAAACAUUUCUGAGUGAGUUUCGAUUCGAUUAUAUUUUCAAAGUAAAUUUGCGUCUCAUAAAACGAAGAGAGAAGAAAUUUUCAAUCUUUCAAAGGUAGAAGAAAGUGGCAAAUGGAAAUUGCUCAAAGAUCUUGCUUAAAUUUCUUUCAUAAGCAAGAUGAUGUUUUAUUCAGUGAAGAAACUCCCCAUAGAAGUAAAUAAUGUAACUUUAAAGACCUCGAAAUAGAUUUAUUGGCCUAAAGCCAGCAAAACGAAGCUGAACUCAUAUGUAAAACAUUUAAACAAAGUCAAACUCAAUUACACAAAUAUUCAAUUAUUUUCCUGUCUCUUCUGUGACAACAAUUAGAUACAACAAAGGGUAAACACAUCAAUCGAUUAUGCUUUUAGUGCUUGAAGCUUAAACUUAAAAGAAUAUCACGCAAUGAGCUUGAAAUAAAAUUUCAAAACUUAAUUCGGUUGUCCAAAAUUUCUUUAUCAUUUGAGGUCAUUUUUAUAUAUUUUUUCUGAUUGAAAUUCUAUCAGUAGAAAAGGGGAAGAAAAUGAAUUAAAAAUGAUUAUAGACACACAUAAAAAAUUAAAAUCUUGCACACUCGUUAGAACUUCUUAAAGAUAAAACUCUUAGUACCACCCGAUUAUGAAAAUUAAAUAUAUCAGACAAAUGAUGGAAAAAAGAAGCAUUGCUGAUGAAGUUACUUAAACUUUGAAUGAAAGCUAGCGUAGAUCGUAAAAACUAAAAGUUCUGUUAGAAAUUCAUGUAAAUAUGAGAAGUAAAAGAUCAAACAAUAAUGUUUAAAAGAAAACCUAAACAAAAAAUUGAAUAUUUAACUAUUUCAAAAUGUUAUUUGCAUAUGAGAAAAAAAGAAAAAUUUAGAAAAAAUUAAAAAUUUUACAGUUAAAUGACUUGAGCUAAAUAUUUAUUAAAGAAAAAUCUGAUGUUGUUUAAGAUGAAAAAAAGAAAGAAAAAAAAUUGAAAUUUACAGAAAUUUAACUUCAGAUGUUUUAAAUCUCAAAUUAUAAACGAACAUUGGAAAAUUUUAAUCAAAAUUUAAACAUUGCGUACAAUCUUCUCAGAAAAUUGCUUGCUACAACAUUUUCCUCUUUCCAGCAUGUCAUUGAUAUCUAACAUAAAUAUUUUUCAAUCAAUUAAGUUUUUAAAGAAUUUUCCAAUCAUCAGAAAGAAAAAAGGAGAAGAAAUUAAUAUUCUUAUGUUGUAAACAUUUUCAAGUUUCAUCACCACUUGGAAAACACUUUAAUGAAAUCAAUUUUAUUAUUGAUGACAUUAGCGAGCGAUGAUUGUAGACAUUAUCUUAAAUAAUAAAAGCUCAUUAUAAUGAAGUAUUUAUAUGAUGAAAAAGAAUGUAUGAAAAGGAAGAAAAAAAUAAAUAAUUCAUGUCAAACCAGAAAAUGUAGAAGAUCGAAUAAAAGUACAAUAAAAUGUU